AUGACGGAUGACAGCGACACCGAGGCGAGUUUCGAUCGCAGAGAUAGCAGCCCCAUCAGCAUGCAACCGGCGUUCUGCAAUGCAGCCUUGGUACGCUUGAUGGCAGAUAAGGACGGGGAAACCUACCAAUUCGCCGACCUCCUUGAGCUCGUCGUAUGGCACGCCGAGUCAGAAAAGGACCAUCUACGAGGAAAGAGGGAAAAGGAGGAGGCGGUGGGAUGGGCAGAGUAG